AUGGCCAUGUCGGAGAACGGCCAUGCCUCGGAUGGCGUGAGCAAAACAAAUGGACGCGAUGAACCCAGAACGAAGUCCAGAUUGUCCAUUUGGUAUGCGCUGCUUACCCCGUUCUUCCGUUGCCCAUCUCAGUUGUCGGACUUGAAUGAAUUGUCACCGCGUGUGUGCAAGCCGUAUCUUGUGGUCCGUUCCCAUAUCGAACCUCAUGUUCUUCCGUACUACCAUCUCUACGCCGCACCUUACGUGGAUUCUGCCCGCCCCUACGUUACAUUAUUCAAUGAACAGGUCUAUUCUCCAGCUGCGACAUACGCAAAGCAGGGUUAUGAUAAAUACGGGGCCCCCGCAUGGGACCAAGCUCAGGCUUACGGUCAAGAGCAAUGGGAUGCGCAGGUUGCUCCGCGUUUGCAGUCUGCCCAGGACAGCAUUAGCAGAGUUUACAAAUUGGAGGUAGACCCGCAUGUUCAACACGCCGUGCUGGUCGUGUCGCCCUACUACGAGAAAGCUAGUGCUGUAGCCAUCUCGACAUACGGAGACUAUAUCGCGCCGCUUUAUACGCAGUCCCGGCCAUUCAUUGGCAAAACCUAUGCUUCUGGACAAGAGAUCCUUACGACAACUGUGAUACCGCACGCUCAGCAUUCGUGGUCGACCGUGAUUUACUUCGUCAACAGCUCGUUGUGGCCCAAGGUUACUGGCCUUUACUCGGAGAACGUCGAGCCCCAGCUAGUCAAAAUUGGUCAAAGAUUAGCAAGCUAUAGAGAGGGGAAAAUUCUUCGAGCGUCUGUGGACGAUGUCGACAGUACCUCUGAGGAAGCAGCUCAUACUAUUACAUCUGCUUCAGUGGACUCGAGCGCUACUUCUAGUGCCAUAUCGACUUCUACUACAGAAACCCCAGCACAGACUCCGUUGUCUCCUGCGGAACAGAUCGCACAAGCCCGCGAGAAGGUUGCGUCAGACCUUCAAGUAUGGCAGGAGAAGUUCUCUGCUGCGGCCGAAAGGGGCGCUGAAGAACUGAAAGAUCAUGUAAAUGACAUAGUUGGAAGCCAUAUUGCAAGCGGGGCUAAGAGCCAUGGCGAAAGUCUUGCAGUUGCCCUCGAUACGGUUGUUGCGGAUGAACUAGCUACAAUCAAGUCUCGUAUUAACAGUCUAGCCGAGUCGCUUCCCUAUGACGAUCUCCCCGAGGAUCAACAUAAGGCGAAUGAUGAGCUUUUGAAGGAGAUCAGACGUGCCGCGAUUACCAUCCGGGAGCGUGCUCAAGCCAUAAGAGAGUGGCACCGUUCAUUUGACGAAGAGCUGGUCUUCCGUGUUUCGGUUGCAAUCAAUUCCACGCUAGAUAUUCUAGACAAUGUCCGUGAUUUGGGCUUGCAGGAAAUUGGGAUGCGGUGGGCGUGGAUGGACGGUGUUACUUACAAGGAUUGGGCCAAAUACCGUUCUCUCAAAGCGCAGUUCGACGACUGGAAGACCGACGUCAGUCGAGUUGCGUUGGAACAUCCAAAGCUCGAGGAAGCCACAAACAUGGCGAACGGACUAUUGGCUCACGGAAUGGAGGUCGCUGAAACUACUGCGAGAGAGCUAGCCCGACUCAAGGAUGUUGGAAAAUGGAAAAUUGCAGCUCGAGAGUCGAGUGACAACUUCGAAACCCGGUCUGAAUCCCCACCUGCUCUGCCCAAGCCUGGGGAGAUGUCUGACUCUCCUGCGGACGAGGAAAGCUCUAACGCAGAUUUGCCUGGAGUUUCUUCGGAAUCUCAAGCAACUCACGAUGCUACAGGCCCCGCGCCAUCCCCUGAGACCGUCAAUGUAAAUGCUGGCGAAUACAAACUUGAAGAUGAUGAGCAAAUUCUAGCACUGGACCAGGACUCCUAUGUGGACGAUGAAUUGCCAGAUGACCAGGAAAAGUCCGUACACACUGAAUCGAAUACGGCUCGAUCAAAUUCAGGCUGGGGAGUAGCUGCAGCUGAAGUUCCCGGGCGAUCGCCCAUGCAGCAUGACAUCCCCGACGAUGAUCAGGAACGGUUCAUCGAUCACCCUCUUGAUUAUAUCUCUUCCGUGGGCUCGUCCAGGUUGAGCGAAGGGUUGAGUAAGGCUUCUGAACAGCUGGCACAAGUUCAGGCGACAGUGCCCCCAAAGGACACUUCAAAUCAAAAUCCGAUUGUUCUUGAUGCACAGCGCCGUUACUAUGAAGCUGUUGGACUUGCGCACGAUCAUUAUUCUGCCUUUGUCUCCUCGGCUUCCGACGCAGUUUAUGGCUCUCCAGCACCUACAUCGACUCCUGGAACUUUCCACGGGUUCAUUGAGGACGCGAGAUCCGGCUACAGCCAAGCAUCCUCCUUGGCAUCUGCAAGCCUGGCUGCCGUGGUGUCUUCCGCUAGUUCCGCCGCCAGUCCCACAGAUUCAGGUAAAGCACAGAGAAUAAUCGACGAUGCAUCUUCGCGCUAUAACGCGGCAAUUUCUGCUGCUUCGGCUUCCCUAUCAAUGGCUUCGGCUUCGGGCAGCUCCACUAUAUACGGAACACCGACUGGCGAAGUUGACGCACUGGCAAGCAAAGCAUCAGAGAACUGGGAGGGUCUUGUUUCGAAAGCCAGCGAACAGGUCUAUGAUACUCAGGCGGCUUAUACGCAGCAAGUGCUGGAGCACAUCACUCCUAAAUACCAAGCUGUGGAGGAGUUGGUUUCGGAACUGCUUGUUGGCAAGGAGCCGGACUUCACGGACAAAGUUAUUGACAGAUUACACUCCAUCUAUGAGACGCCAUACCCGGCUUCUGCGUUGUCGUCAGCAUCCAGCUAUGCCAGUGAUGCCUACGACUCAGCCGUUACGAACCUUCCUUCGAUUGAAGAUAUCCUGGAAACCGCCAACAAAAAUUUCGACAAUGCGGUUGAAGCUGCCAGUGUUCAAAUUUAUGGAACUCCUAAGGGUACUGUGGAGCAAGCCACCUCCGCAGCUGGUAGCGCGUUUGCCUCCGCAUCAAACCAGGUUAGCGGUAUGGUUUAUGGCCAAGAGCCGGGCUACCUUGAUAUUGCCCGCGGCGCAAUUGAUGGGGCAUUUUCUUCUGCCGAUUCAGCCAUCAGCAACGCCGUCUAUGCAUCCCCAACACCCAGUUCGGCUGUCGAAGCUGCAUAUGAUUCUGUGACUUCUGCUGCAAAGGCGCAGCAAGAGGCCCUUGAAAGCGCCACCAGUAAGCUUGGGAUCGCUGUUGAGAGCGCCCAGGCUCAGCUUGUGGACCUUGCUUCCAGCGCCAGCAGCUUGGGUUCCGAAGCAGUUGAGACCGCUGCCUCCCGAGUGGAAGCCUUUACCGAGAGCGUGAAGAGUUCCCCGUCCGUUAAGGACGAACUAUAG